UCGCGUGCUAGUGAAGAGAUGAAACGUCUCAUUUUCUGGCUUCUGCCACGGUUCAUGAUAUGACCGACAACUAUACUGUAUGCCACUUGUCAACGUGUUCAAAAUGUUCAUGGGGACAUUUUUUAAUCUAUUCAAAAAAUAUUCUCCUAAUCAAUUUUUUUAUGAAAGUUUUGGGGUUGUAUAUUCUGUCUGAUACACAACCUACGGGAUGUUGGAAGCUCAGGAGUACUCACAUCUGCAAACAAAGAAGCUUUCAUUGUUGGCCAUACGGCGACUUCUAAGACUUAUACUUCGGAUUGCUAUAUUCUCAACUCUUCUACUUCUGGGAACCACAAGAACUCAGAAUAACGACACUUCAACUAAUACCUCAAUGCCUGACAAACGAUCUUUAACAGAGGAAGACAAUGGCGGAGAAUAUUGGGUGGCUGAGACGUAUAAUUUUCCUGCUUUUGACAAUAACACAGCUAAAAACGUGUCAACUCAACUUGGACAAACGGCUUUUCUUCACUGUAUCGUUGAAAACUUGGGAGAUAAAACAGUAUCUUGGAUCCGAAGGAAAGAUUUCCACGUACUUACCGUAGGAACAGACAAAUACAUCAGCGAUGACCGUUUCCAAACCGUCCGUACAGGUAAUGAUAAUGAUUGGGUUUUGCAGAUAAAGUUCACUCAGUUAAAGGACCAAGGGAUCUAUGAAUGUCAAGUGAGCACCGACCCGAAAAUCAGUGUUUUCGUAAACUUGUCAGUUCUGGUGGCAGAAGCUACUAUCAGUGGUGGUCCGAAAAUCAUAGUGGAGAAGGGCAGCUCAAUCGAGCUAACUUGUGUGAUCAGCAAUAGCUCAGAUCCUCCAAAAUUCGUCUUCUGGUACCACAAUAAUCGGAUGAUCAAUUACGACUCUACAAGAGGAGACAUUUCUGUUGAAAAGGCAGCAGCUAAGACAGUCAUUAGUAAACUGUAUAUCAGAGAUAUUGGAGAAGCGGAAAGCGGCAAUUAUACUUGUGGACCCUCAAAUGCUGGACCCACAAGUGUCUCCGUUGUCAUAUCAAAUGGAGAAAACCCAGCAGCAAUGCAACAUGAUGGGAAUAGUGCACCGUUAAAUGGAGUCCAAACAAGAGCAUCUUUGUUGUGGAAUUUACUUUUAUCUCUUUCACUGAUCAACUACGUGACCAGAUGAUCGACGAGAACCUUCAGCAUUCUAAAUUUUAUCAUAUGCUGCUCAACCAGCCCGAUCAUUGAAAUGUGUGUUUACUUCAUACCAACCUAAAUUCAACUGCUUUGUGUGUUGGCAGAUUUAUAAGUUUCCAGACAUUCUAAUCAGAACGUAGAUUUGCCAAGCACUUUUGUCUUUUGAUACUUCAUCCGAAAAAAAUAUAUACACUUAUGAUAUUAUAAAGAAAACACAAACAUGCCUUCAAAUAAAUAGACAGUUACUUCUUUCUUACUUUACAGAAUUAAAGACAGUUCCUUUUCACAGUUUUAAAGAAUUCAGUAUAUGCUUUCUUGUCAAAGCACCUUGUUGCUAAAACAAAACUGUAUAUACAAUUGCAUUCGCGUAUAUUUCUCCUUAUACAGUUAUAUGUGGUUGCACGUAAUAUGUUUGAGUAUCAUAUAUUGAUAUUUAGGGAAGUUGUUUUAAUUUUUUUUAUAAUUCGUUUAGAAAAUUUAAUUAAAUAUUAUAUUAUCUCUUUCUUAAGUGUUUAAGAUUUAUCCAUAAACAACUACAAAUUAUCCAAAGUGAUAUUAAAAACUCCUGACUGGAUUUCAACUUUCAGUUGUUUCCUCUGUACCUGCAUUACAUUACAUUAAAUUAUAAAAACUGUAUUGGUAAUUAUGUAUAUACAUUUAUAUAUACAUAAAGAGACUCACUCAGAGAAACCGAUGACAUGAUCUACAAUGUUACACGUAAAAUACGGUAUUUUGAACCCGGUGAAGCAGAAUAAAAUAGACGUGGGUUUUAUCGUAGAACUCUUAUUUCUUGUGCUUUUCUGGUGUUGUUUGAAAGCAUUCGUCACGGAUUACUUGUUUAGAUAUUUUAUAAAGUACACGUAUAUUUAUCUAAUCUUUACCUCACUUAAGUGUUAUUUUGGAGUUGGCAUCAUAUUCAAAUUUUCUUCUCAAUCAAAUAACUUAGGGAAAACCCUUUGUGAAAUGAUAUUUCGAUAUAAAUUCAAAACAAAUACUAUAUGUGUAGAGAUAAGGCAAAGCUGUAGAAGACUUUUGCAACCCAGCUAUAUAUGCUAAUAAGAUUCAAUUGUUAGGAUCCUCCAAAACUUCGAACUCCAUUCAAUAAAAACCUUUUUUUUCUGAUUGGACAUUAAUUAAAAUGCAUUUCUCUGCUGAAGUUUCAGCAAAAAGUGAAACUAUUUCUUCUGUCUUCUAUUUUUUUCUUUGAGUUCUUCUACAUAUAAAA